AUGUCGUCAGAAUUUGAGGGCUCUAAUCUGUCAUACGUUUCAGAUGGAGGUGAUCUGUCUGAAGUAGUGGCCAUAUCUCAAAACAUAAAUAAUGAUCUGAACAGUGGUUUCGAACAUGAUGAUAGAAACGACAUUGAUGCAGAUUCGACAAGGUCAUCUAGUCCAUUUUUGUCGAAUCCUGAAUUGUUGUAUAAGGAACAGUUCUCUCCGGUAGCCAGUUCAUUCGAAGAAGAGGAAUCUAUAUCACGUCGAGUACAAGAUAUGGAUACAAGCAUUGCAAGCCUUAGAGAAACAUUGGGCGACCUUAAGGUAGGCGACAGGGACAAGAACAACCAGUCGAUACUUGCGGAUGAAAGCUUUCACAAUUCGACUAUGGAUACAACUCGCUAUAAUGAAACACAAGCACAAUUUGACCGUGAUUUAGAUUUCGAUCAAAAUUUCAAUUGCAAGACAGAAAGUCCUAGACAUAAAAAGGCUCUAUCGCCCUGGAAACAGCUUCGGUCAACAUCUACGGCGGCUCCUGGACAUAUGGGAGAAAUACCCAAAUUGCAUUUUAAUCGAUCUAAUUUUUUUAACAACGACACUAAGCAAUCACUUACCCAUGAUACCACUGCAGUAGCCAAAAUCAAUGAGCUAAAUAAACAAGUCACAGGAUACAGAAUUCAGAUAAAGCUAUUUAAACAGUUUUUGCAGCAUUUAAUUGAUAAAACUCGCUACAGUAACACAGAUAAUGUAUUUGAUAUUAGCGAGUUAAACCAUUUCCAGAAUAAUCUUAACGGACUAUCACCACUGAAAUCUACAGGUAUACCGUCAGGAGAUAUUAAUACUAAUGCAGAGGCUGAAGACAAUUUGUCACAAAAUUACGAUGAAUUACUCAAGUUGAAUGAAGAUCUUUAUUUAAACUUAGAAGAUUUUCAAAAUCAGUUGCAUGAUAAAGAAGUGCAACUAAAUAAUUCAAACGUAUAUAUGAACGACUGUUCUCGAAUUGUAAAUGAAAUUUUAGAAUUGCUUAUGAGCGAUCCUUCUACUGAUGAUCCUUCAAGACAAGCAUUAGUUAAGUGUUUAGAUGGUGCAGCAAGUGAUGAAAAACCUUCAAAAUCACUAGAAACGAAACUUUAUGUUGUUCGAUUGGAGCUUCGAAAGAAAAUAGAACGCAAGGAUCACAGCUAUCCUUCACCACCUCCUUCAAAUCCUGAAAAGGAGCAGAUUGAACUAUCAGGAUAUAUAACAAUUAUCCAAGGGCUUAUAACAUCAUUAGACAAGGUGCAAAAGGACUUUUUGACUCAUAAGCAAGACACAACGAAAAUCCAAGAAGACUUGAAAAAAGAGGUCGAGAGUACACAAACAAUAAGAGCAAAUUACGAAUCACUAUAUAAUAAGUUCAAUCAACUAUGCAUAACUUUGGAAAGAUCUAGAUUGGAUGAUGCUGAUAGUGAAAUGCAGAAGCUUAGAAUAGAAAAUCAAAAAUUAAGAACCAUAAACAACACAGUUGACAACAAAUUCAAUGAGUAUCAGAAAGUUAUUGAUAAAUUGCAACAGGAAGUAAACGACUUUCAAAAGCAUUACAGCAAUAGUUCAAUAGGUGAAACGAGUGAAUGGCUAAAAUCUUCUAACGAUGGGGUCCAUCAUAAUGACUUAUUACUAUCACGCAAAGAGGUAAACCAACUUCAAGAACAAUUGAACAAUCUUACUGAACGUUAUAGAAAAUUACAAGAUGAUUCUUCAAAUACGAUAUCUACAUUGACUAAUCAAUUGAAUAAUAAGAAACAGGAGAGUUUAUCAUUAGGUGCAAAUCAAAGAGUUACAGACCAACUAAAGAACGAUUUAGAAAUUGCAGUAGAAAAGCAACGUGUAUUGAAAGCGGAAAAGAUCAGAUUGUCUUAUAGUCUUGAAUCUCUUGCAAAUGACAAGGUAUCUUUACAGACCACGAUCAGAAGUUUGACAGAAAAGAUAACGUCACUAACAGUGGAGGCGCCCCAGUUCAAGAAAGAUGAAAUGAAUGAAGGCCUCAAAAAAUUGAAUGUGUUAGAAUAUCAAUUAAGUGAAUUGCUUCUGCGUGAUGUUCAUGAAUUUCAAAAAUUUCUAAAGUCUUUCAUUAAGAUUGCAGAUGAUUCUUCUUUAAAAGAACCUAAAAGGAAAAUUGAUACUUUAGCAAAGAAGAUUUCCCAGGAGAGCAACUCCGACCGUAGUGAUAAGAUGACCCUGUGGGAUAUUUCAGAAUUGAACACGAUCCGUGAGUAUCAUAAAUCCGUGUUCGACUACUUUGCUAGAGCGGUAGAUAUUAUCGUUAACGAUCAUGUCAAACUUUUAUUGAAAGAAGGUGAAAAUACUUCGCAAACCAGCGAAUAUGUUAAUAAGUUGCACAAAAGAAUAGACGAAUUAAACUCCGUUAAUGACAAUUUGACAAGACAACUAGAUUCUUAUUACAAUGAUAGCCAUAACGAUACUACUCAAAAUGCAAGUAUUACAUCAACGGGCUCGGAAAUGAGGAUAACUGAGUUAACUAAUAGGUGGAAAGCCGAAAGAGAAGCAAGAGUUUAUGAGAAUCAAGAAGCACAGAAAAGAUUAAAGGAGUUAGAUAGAGAAAAUGCUAGGUUAAGACAGGAACUUGAUCAAGUAUCCUAG